ACCGCAGGUAUACUAAAAUGAAAUUACACAUAGGUGGAAUCAUAAUUCAGUAAAUUAUGAUGGCAGUUGAUCACUGGGUUUAAUUUAGGGAUGCCAGAGUCAAGAGGCUGUAUAAGAGUGCCACACUUUCCCUCUACUUCAGAAUUAUGCACUUCUUUGUGUUGGUCUAUAACAUAACAUUCAGAUCAAAUACAUUGAAGUUUGUGGUUGUAACAUGACAAGUGGUUUGAGCACUUUUGCAGGAGUAUCUAUUAGGAUGCUUUGCGAUGAAUAUGCUGUUUCCUGUGAAGGAGUUUGGCAGGGUUCUGCCCAAAAACACUUUCUGUGCCAGUAUACAGUAACUGUUGCUGCACUCUAGCAACACAGUGAGCCUCACAAAUGAUUUAAACUGGAGCUUUUAAGAGCCUGUUCAUAAAGUGAACGCCCAUCUUUGUUUCUAAUCUAUGUGCUGGAUGCUGUACUAUAGCUCUGACCAUUGACUGGAGAGCCCUGCAGGCAUGUCUAUAUAGGAGUGCGGCGCUGUCCGCGGUGCUGAAAUCAGCAGCUUUCGAUCUGUACAUAGACGGGUUUGCAGCUGAAUUAGACGCUAGUGUCUGCUGCUACCUUGAUGAUAAAUUAUGUAAAUUAACUAGACAAAUAAAGACAGACAGAGGUAAGAAUAGAGCCAUAGAGCUGUUUUUUUAUAGUAAAAUAAAAGCCAACACGUGAAAGUAGCGCGCACUCUAAAUGGCCAAAUCGCGUAAUUGCAAUGCAGAAAGUGGGAAAAGAUAUAUGAAUGCUGCUUGUCUUUGCAUCAGUGGUGCGUCGUUUGACUUCAAAUGCCAUAUAAAGGGAGAAGAAAGAAAAUAAAGCAUGAGGAAUAAACACUCUCUCUCUUUGAGUGACUGUCUCGGGGACGAAUUGCAGCAUGUGAUUCAGGAGAGACGUGCUGCGUUUGGAGCCAAUGGCGUUAAGGAGCCGCCGCAGAGUAUGGGGAGCCACUCCGAGUAUACCUCCGCGUCCGACGCAUGCUCUUGUGUAGGUUGAAUGGAAUGAAACGGCGUGUGCGGAGAUAUAUUUAGGCGAGCUGUGAUGCGGCCCGCAUAUAUUCGCCGGCAGGACUAGCUUCUUUUAAAGACAGCCUCCUCCUCCGCGUCGCUUUCCACUCCAGUGAUGUGGCGUAUUUGUGUGGCGCACCUGUAAAGAGCGAGACACGGGGCAGAAAGCCGGGCUCUUUUUUUGUUUCAUUAUUUGAUUCCUUUUUCUUUCUUCUGUUGGCUUUUGUUUUUUAUCUUCCCCCCUUCUCCCUUCCUCCUCCUCCCUUUUACUUUUAUGUUUGUUUCGUGCAUUUGCUGAAAAGAAAUCAUUCCUGUGUUUUGAUUUAAUAAACAUUUUAUUUUCCUCAUUUUAUCUUGUUUGUGUUGGCUUUUUUAUGUUUCCAAGUUCAAACUAAAAAAAAAAAAAAAAAAAAAAAGAGCGAGAGAAAGAGAGCGGAAUCCACAUCAUUUGACCAGGUGUUUCAUUCAGAGAUUGUUUGCCCCAAGGACGUCCCUAACUUUCGUUUAUAGAAACGACGGCAUCUCCAAACUAACAUGGCAGUCAGACUGUGCGAUGUGGCUUCUCUGCUUAGAAGUGGUUCGUGGGCUCCUGAGCCUUGGACUGGGGUAAUUGCGACCAUGGAAACACAGCUGUCCAAUGGGCCAACGUGCAACAACACGAGCAAUGGUCCCUCAACAAUCUUAAACAACUGCUCCUCGCCUGUAGAGUCAGGGAGCAUAGAGGACAGUAAAACUAACUUGAUAGUCAACUAUCUGCCUCAGAACAUGACCCAGGAGGAGCUGAAGAGUUUGUUUGGAAGUAUUGGAGAAAUUGAGUCCUGCAAACUGGUCCGAGACAAAAUCACAGGGCAGAGCCUAGGCUAUGGAUUUGUCAAUUAUGUGGACCCAAAAGAUGCAGAAAAGGCCAUCAAUACCCUAAAUGGCUUGAGACUUCAGACUAAAACCAUCAAGGUUUCCUAUGCGCGUCCAAGCUCCGCCUCCAUCAGAGAUGCAAAUUUGUACGUCAGUGGCUUACCAAAGACCAUGACGCAGAAAGAACUCGAGCAGCUCUUCUCUCAGUACGGACGCAUUAUUACCUCACGUAUCCUGGUGGACCAGGUGACCGGUGUUUCCAGGGGAGUCGGCUUCAUCCGUUUUGACCGGCGAGUUGAGGCUGAGGAGGCCAUCAAGGGUCUGAACUGUCAGAAGCCACCCGGUGCCGCCGAACCCAUUACAGUCAAGUUUGCAAACAACCCGAGCCAGAAGACCAGCCAGGCGCUGCUGUCCCAGCUAUAUCAAUCGCCCAAUCGAAGGUACCCAGGACCCCUCGCACAGCAGGCACAGCGCUUCAGGUUGGACAAUUUGCUGAACAUGGCCUAUGGAGUCAAAAGCCGGUUCUCCCCCAUGGCCAUCGACGGGGUGACCAGUCUGGCUGGCAUCAACAUCCCGGGGCACGCGGGCUCCGGCUGGUGCAUCUUCGUCUACAACCUGGCUCCAGACGCGGACGAAAGCAUCCUGUGGCAGAUGUUCGGGCCGUUCGGCGCCGUCACAAACGUCAAGGUCAUCCGCGACUUCAACACAAACAAAUGCAAAGGAUUUGGUUUUGUCACCAUGACUAAUUACGACGAGGCGGCUGUGGCCAUCGCCAGCUUGAACGGAUACCGCCUCGGGGACAGAGUUCUGCAAGUCUCGUUCAAAACAAACAAAACACACAAAGCCUAAAAAAAAAAAAAAAACCCACUGAGAUUGUUUCUAGAAAACUCACCAAGAAAAGGGAAAAUGGAAGCAUAUUGACCGUAACUUUCUACAUUAGCAAAACAGCUUUGUAAUCGAUAUUUAGUCCAACAAUGUUUUUGUUUUUCCUUCAUUGCUACGCUUUGAAUAUUUUCAUUAGUUUUAAAGCAGAAAAAAAAGCAGGUUUUAGAACCUGUGUAACUGAAUCUGUUGCUGUCGUCACAGAUGGAUCACCUAUAAGGCUACUACAGUUUUCUUGAUUUUUCUUGCACAUUACUUUGAAACCGUUCGUCUCGUAAGGUGGUUGUGAUUUUUCUUUGUGUCCUGAUUCGCCAUCGGUGCGUUAGCGCUUUGAGUGGUUAGCCGGUACUUAUUUUGAGCUGUUUUAGUUGAGUUUAUUGUACUGAGUUUGUAAUUGGUUGGCUACAUAAUGUUGCUUCUUGUAAACCUAACGGAUAAAAAGACAAAAAAAAUUCUUAAAGCAGUACCUUGCCAAAGAGCUAAGAACCUCUUUGAUGUGGGUUUAAAAAAAAGCAUCUAUUUUUAUAAAAAGAAAAAUUUGGAGAAACUUUUUACUGGACCUGAAACAAAAUAUUUUGACUUGGAUACUUUGAGAAAUAUCUUCAUAUGACACCUUGUGAGCUUUUGAACUUUAAACGGAAAGUUUGCAGUGGUUGACGUUUCUGGAGAGAUUUAUGAUGUAAAAGAUACCUUUUGAGAUCUUUGUAUUACCUUUAGAUUACAGAAUCGGCGCCAGUGCUGGGUUCAUUUGUAAAUCAUCUUGUGGGUCGUCCUCCAUCCCGGUCGUCUGCUCGACUACAAACUUGCUUUUCCGAUUUUUAGAUUUGGAAACGAACAAAAUAAAGAUUCAUUUGCAAAAAAAAAAAAUGUGCAUGCAAAAUUACAGUAAGGAGAGAUCCUAAAAGGUUCUGGGGGAUUAAAAUCAGUUCUUCCUCUAAGAUUUCCUUCAGAUGGAGCUCAUGGUGUUUUUUGUGGUGUACCUACAGUAUCGUUAGACGGAUUUUUGUCUUAAUAUCGACCAUUAGGGGUUUUUACAUUCUUUGUAUGAAAGAUUGUGGACAAGCUGAUGAUGGCAGCCGCAUCUAAAGAGUCUGAAGAAUCAAACGGAUAACUUCUGAGCUUUGAGCUGUGUAAAUAAGUCUUUUUUUUUUUCUUUUUUUUUUUUUAUGUUAACCAGACUUUUCGUUUUUCUUUUUCUAGGUUAGACUUUGUUGGAAAGUGUGAAUUUUUUUUUUUCUUUCACAGAGUAUGUAAGAUUGUUUUUCAAACCUUGAAUUUCCCCUAGGUUAAAAUAUUUUGUCGUCCCAUGGACUAGCAUUUCAGUGCAUUCAAAUAUGUUGGUUGUUUGGUCUGUAGAUAGUCUUGCUUUGUUGAGGAAAAAAAAAAGUAUAAAGUAUAGACAUUUGGUUUUUUUUUAAUAUAUAUAAACAUUAUAGAUAAAUAUAUUUAUGUGGUAAAGAAUGGAUAUAAACCACAGUUUGGAAAUACUUUGCUUUCUUUCAUACUCAUAUAUACGUAAUGCAUAUAACCUGUCUUUAAAAUCGUAAAAAGGUGUAUAUUGCUUUAUGUUUGGGGAAGCACAGUGAAGCAGUUGCAUUAACGUCAACAAAAAAAUUGGCUGCAAAAUUAUCUUAAACGAGAUCGUGACCCAAACGUCUAGAUGCACAGAUUACUGCACCUGCAUCCUGCUUGGUGUUACUAGUCAUGCUUCCCCCCUCAAACGAGCAGUAUGCUAUGCAUUAUAGACUUCUUUGCAACUGCUUUUUUUGUUAUCUAUUCCUCCUUCUGUUGUUGUAAAAGUUAAACUUUAAGUCCAGAUGAGUUGUGAUACCUGCUGCUGUAGGGGGAGACGGGGAGCACAUUUUUCAUGCCCGGUUCACCGCCGUUUUAAAUCUUUAUCAUUUCGAAACCUUUUGCUGAUGGUUUGGUCUUUCCAAAUUUUGCUGAUGGUCCGGCGUGAAAAACCGCUCCCUCCAAACCCGCUUUAUCUCAGUACUUAAUGGGAAUAAUUAUUUAUUUGAAGUUGUAUAGUCUGAUUUGGUUUACAGCAUUUUUGGAACAGAAUAUCUUUUGUUGACUAUUUAAGAGGAUGUACAUGUUCUUUACUUUGUGUUUGGAUACUUUGGGUUUUUUCAAUGUUCAGUACAUCAAUAAAUAAGUUUGAAGGGCAAA